AUGGAUCCGAACCCCUCCUCGGCCCAACACGGGCAGCACGGGCAGCAGGCCCGGCAAAUGCCCGUUUACGACCUCAGCUUGGGUGGGCAUUACGGUGCUAGCGCCGCGAUCUCUGCUCAAGGCUUUGCGCCCUCUGAGCUGUACACUGGAACCUGGGCGAAUGUGCACCAGGGCCUGACCGGCCACUACAAGGAUGUCCUCACGGCCUACUGGCAACACACCAUUAGCCACCUGGAGAGCGACACACACGACUACAAGAUGCACCAAUUACCACUUGCGCGCAUCAAGAAGGUCAUGAAGGCCGACCCGGAGGUCAAAAUGAUCUCGGCCGAAGCCCCAAUUCUUUUCGCCAAGGGUUGCGACAUCUUCAUUACCGAGCUCACUAUGCGGGCCUGGAUACAUGCCGAAGAGAACAAGCGGCGCACCCUUCAGCGGUCCGACAUCGCCUCGGCGCUGGCCAAGUCCGACAUGUUCGACUUCCUCAUCGACAUUGUCCCGCGUGAGGAAGCUUCCUCCCACGCCAAGCGGACAAGCAACCAGACCGCUGCCGCCCCCCAACCCACUGCGCCCCAGCCGCAGAUCCCCGGCGUCGGCGCCCCCAACCACGCCGGCCCACAUCCGAUGGCUGCACCGGAUUACACCCUCGGAGGCCACAACAUGGGCCCCGAAGCCGAUUACCGCCAGCCCCAGCCCAUGUACCCCGGCCAAGUCCAGCCGGGAGCACCCGCGUAUGGCCAGCCUCAAGCCCAAAUGUACAACGUUGACGAUAUGUACACCUACGGGACGAUGCCUCCUCAGCAGGCCAACCCGGGGGAGAAUCGACCUGUGGUGGGACAUGGGCUUGGGCAUCAAACGGCGCCGGAGAGCCAGCCAUGGGCGGCGCAUGAGGUCAGCGCUGUACAUUCGGCGAAAAGGGUCAAGCUUGAACCGGGUCAAGACAUUUCGCCUCAGGAUAACCUCCUCGCGAAGAGCAAGAGGCCCAAUCUAGCUGCCUUUGGGGCAGCUCCAGGCUAUUUUUCUGCCAUCGCGGGUGCGGAAUCGCAGUCGGUCGUCGAUCUGGCGCCCGUGGACCCUUUCCUAAAAGGCACCAUGGACGCUGCGUUGCACGCUGCGACGGCGUCUCUGGACACUGAGUCGUGGCCGGCGAGUACGGAGAGCGAAACGGAUGCACAGGAGCCGAGCUGUUAA